AUGCAUUGUGUAGGGGGCACCGAUAAAUGCACAAGAGAUGAGGUGGAAGGAUCUGGUCCGGAGGAAGGGACCAUUGAACAGGAACCAUUUGUCAGUCAGUCGGAAGAACAUACUGACCAGAAGCAGAAGUCCAUGGAGGAGCCCCCACGUGAGGAUGGUGCCCUAAUGGCUUCACCCUGCCCAUCACCCAACCAGGAGAAGUCAGUGGGACAUCCAAAGCCUGCAGUGGAGCACCUGUCACCAGGAGGGAAAAGACUGGAGCUCAGCACUGACCUGCGCAGGAGAGCCUUCAUAUUGUGCAAAGAGUACCUGAGAGGAGCCUGGACCAGCAUCCAGCCCCAGCACAUGAGGGUGUCUGUGGUCAGUGGCGGUCUCAGUAACCUGUUGUACAAGUGCAGUCUCAUAGACACGGUACAGACCCAGUCCGAUGAGCCACGACAAGUUCUUUUGCGGCUGUAUGGAGCUAUCCUGCAGGGUGUGGAUUCUCUUGUUUUGGAGAGUGUCAUGUUUGCAAUACUUGCUGAACGAUCACUGGGUCCUCAUUUGUAUGGCGUGUUCCCACAAGGUCGUCUGGAAGAGUACAUUCCAAGUCGGCGACUGGUGACCUCAGAGCUCAGUGACCCAGAGAUCUCUAGUGAGAUUGCUGCCAAACUGUCCAGGUUCCACAAGAUGGAGAUGCCAUUUAACAAGAAGCCGGUGUGGUUGUUUAAGACUAUGGAGAAGUACAUGUCUCAGAUUUCCUCUCUUUCCUUUACAAAAGCUCCUCUUGUGGAGAAGUUCAACAAGCUGAAGAGCUUCCAUUUGGAGAAAGAAAUGCAGAGGCUGAAACUUCUUUUGGAAUCCACUCCAUCUCCUGUAAUGUUCUGUCACAACGACGUUCAAGAAGGAAACAUUUUGCUACUGUCAGCUCGUUCAUCCCACCCGUCAGACAAGCUCAUGCUCAUUGACUUUGAAUACAGCAGCUACAAUUACAGAGGAUUUGACAUUGGGAAUCACUUCUGUGAAUGGGUAUACAAUUAUCAACAUGAUGAGUGGCCAUUUUACAAAGCAGAACUGAGCAACUACCCAGACCGACAGCAGCAGCUCCACUUUUUCCACUAUUACCUGUUGGAAUGUAAUCCAGAGCUCAAUGAGGAGGAUCGGCGUGUUCAGGAAGAGGCAAUGGUUAUUGAAGUGAACCGGUUUGCCUUGGCUUCACACUUCUUCUGGGGUCUGUGGUCCAUCCUGCAGGCAAAAAUGUCAACUAUUCCAUUUGGGUACUUGGAUUAUGCUAUCUCACGGUUUGAUGCCUAUUUUCAACAAAAAAAGCUUUGGUCCUAAAUUUAAAAUUAACCUCCAUUUUUCCCUCUUCGCUACUGCAACUGAAGC